AACAAUGCUACAAUGCACUGUGUGUUUUGGGACUUUACAAAGAACAAUGGACUCGGUGGUUGGAAUACAUCAGGGUGUGAAGUGAAACACAGAGAUAUGAAUUACACAAUCUGUUAUUGUAACCAUCUUACCCAUUUUGGAGUGUUGCUGGACUUAACCCGGACAGUGAUAGAUGGUGUGACUCAUCGCAUAUUAACUCUGAUAACCUAUGCAGGAUGUGGUGCCUCUGCCCUUUGCUUGGGGGUAGUGCUGGUGAUGCACCUAACUCUUGACAAGCUUCGCAGAGAUUAUCCUUCAAAAAUCCUGGUAAAUCUCUGCACUGCACUGCUGAUGCUAAACCUGUUAUUCCUGGUCAAUCCCUGGCUGUCAUCAUUUAACAACCAGGGCCUGUAUAUCACAGUGGCUGUGUUCCUUCAUUACUUCCUGCUUGUAGCCUUCUCAUGGAUGGGCCUGGAACCGGUUCACAUGUACUUUGCUCUCAAAGUCUUCAGAAUAUACAUUCCAAACUACAUACUGAAAUUCUGCAUUGCUGGGUGGGGGCUCUUUAUCUUUGUAUAUCAUUGCCUAAUGAAAGAGACGGUGAGGAAGCAGUGCCGAGUGCACUUUUGCUGGGGGAGGUUUCGGCUCAAUAAUUAUUCUGAUUGGAGCAGGGCAGAAACAUCUGUUGGAUAUAGACCAAGGAAUUUGGAGCAUAAACUAUCAUUUUGAAAUCAACGAAGUCUCUGAAGUCUAAUGCAACAAGCUCAACUUCCAAUGGUUCAGUCUCCUUACCGGAAACUUCUUUGGAUAUGGACUUGAGAGCAGCUCCACUGGAGAUAUGGAGCCCCAUGGAUAUUUUGGCGGGGUUGGGGACAGUGGACACAACCCCAAGGACGAAGCUGUGGACUAGUGGGUCAAGUUGGAGGAUGAUGUGGAGCACACGGCAGGUUCGUCUGGUGGUGCGGCGAGUCAGGACCUCUCCUCCACUCCGGAGAGGUCUAGCCAGUCCCAGCAGUCCAUCUCUGGCAUGCAUGAUGCAGGAAAGGAGAGCCCUGAUGUGACCUUCAGGGGAACCCCCUACACACCAGCAGAGAGCCUCCGCCAGAUAAGGAAGUGACCAAGGUGGAGCAAGGAGGACAUGUUCUGAGAGGUGCAGUACUCCUCAGAGGCUGAAAAAAGAGAAUGCAGGGAGUGGAGAGAGACACUGAAUGAAAAAUUUAAAAUAGAACAGAAAUGAGAGCAGGGCCUGGAGCAGAUGAUAAAAGUGAUGGAAGAGCAAACAGAGAUGUUGGAAGUCUCUAAUUAUGCUUCAGGCAGAAAACAUGCAUGCUCGUUCCCCCUGCAGUUGAUACACAACUGCUUUCCAGGCCCUCCCCAAAUUCCUCCCACACAUUCCUUGCAACUUCCCAGAAUGUCUCAGUACCGCAUUCACUCCACCCCUUCGGACAGCUUCCAAAAUGAUAGCUGGACUUACCCGCAACUAUGAGAGCCUACACUGCCCUGCAUUCUUAUCUCCCUUCCCACCUAGCCUUUUGUGUGUGUUGGUAAUUGGUAUUUAAUAAAAACAAACUCACAGAAAAACUCCUCACAAUUACCACAAACUGGCACUUGUUUAGGCAACAUAAUCAGAGAGGCCAGAGAUUGAAUGUACAUGGAGAGUAAAUGCUUUUGUCAGAGACAGAGCAUAGUUAUAGCACAGGACUGGCAGUCAGAGUUCUGGGUUCUAUUCUCAGCUCCAUCUCUGUCUUUCUGUGUGAUCUUGGCAGAAUCACUUAACUGCUCUGAGACUGUGUUUGUUCCUCUUUCAAAUGUGAAUAACAAUAUUUCUCAUCUCUUGGGGUGCUGUGAAACAAUUAUUAAUCUUCCUGAUUAUCUUUGCAGUUCAGGAUAACAAAAGAAUUCUGUUUCUAGGACUGUCAAUCUGAUGUUAUUCACCACUGAA